AUGGUGGUCGCCGGCAAUGCCGAUCGGCAAGGCGAAUCAUCUUUGUCGGGGUUGCCCAGGUGGUGGCCAUCGUCGUGGGACAUGGGAGAGACAAUAGUGGGUAUUGUUAUAAACACCGAACAGAGAGCGUUGUUUAAGUUCCGCUACAGUAGAGGAAGUAAUUCCUCUACUACAGUGGAGAAAACAAGAAAAACCCCAAUUGCCGUGGCCGAUUGCUUGCUUAAUAGACACAAAUUUUCUACUGAAACUGCUUCGAAAGUCUCUUCCUUCGGAAAGGAUGUGAAAAGGCCUGAAGAGACCGAUUCGAUUCUUUCAUUUCUCCAGGAAAGUGGUUUUUCGGAUUCCCAUCUCGAGCUUCUCAUCAAACGCAUGCCUAGAGUUCUCUCUGCAAAUCUUGAGCGCACCAUCAAACCCAAAAUCAAGUUUUUUCAGGACUUGGGUUUAUCUUCUAGCGACUUUGUGGAAAUUGUUUCGUCUAAUCCAUGGAUUCUAACUACUAGCGUUGAUAAUCGGCUUGGCCCAUCGAUUUUAGCAUUGACGAGUGUUUUGGGUUCGAAUAUGGAUGUUGUGUCUAGGGUUUUAAAGAAAUCUGGGAGGCUUUUGACGUUUGAUUUGCUCGAUGUGUAUGUACUUAAACCAACUAAAAUUAGAGAAUGUGUCAAGAGGGUUGAUGAGAUGGGCAUUGACAGGAAGUCCAAGUUGUUUCUUCAUGCGAUUCGGGCUAUUAGUUCGAUGACUAAAGAGAAUUGGGAGUUGAAAUUGGAGCUCUUUAAGAGUUUGAAGUUUUCGGAAGAUGACAUUUUGUCAGUUUUUAGGAGACAGCCUCAGGUGUUUGUUGUGUCAGACAGGAAAAUUAAGGAGAUAACACAGCUUUUCCUUAGCACGGGCAAAUGUGAUAUCUCAUAUGUUGUUAAUAACCCAGAUUUACUUUGUCGCAGUGUUGAAAAUAAGCUUAAGCCACGGCUAAGAGUUCUGGAGGUUUUGGAAAGCAGGAAUUUACUUCUUAAAAAGCCAAGUUUGGGGACUGUAUGCAGGAUCACUGAUAAGAAGUUUUUUGAGAAAUAUGUGCUCCCUUAUUCAAAUGAAGUUGGCGAAUUAUUUGUGGUUAAGAAGGCCUCAUUGAAAGCCGAAGUAUGUGCUUAA